CGGGGCUGGGAGCAAAGCGACGGGAAGUGUUUGAGGCGCAUCGGCCCCAGCUGGUGGGCGAGGGAAAGCGGGAGGACUGCAAGGUUUCCGGAGCCAGCUGCUAAGAUGGCGCAGUGGAACCAACUGCAGCAGCUGGACACACGGUAUUUGGAGCAGCUCCACCAGCUCUACAGCGACAGCUUCCCAAUGGAACUGCGGCAGUUCCUUGCACCUUGGAUAGAGAGCCAGGACUGGGCUUAUGCCGCCAGCAAGGAGUCCCAUGCCACACUGGUAUUCCACAACCUCCUGGGUGAAAUUGAUCAGCAGUAUAGCCGCUUUCUACAGGAAUCCAAUGUUCUCUACCAGCACAACCUGCGUCGGAUCAAGCAAUUCUUACAGAGCAGAUACCUGGAGAAACCAAUGGAAAUUGCCCGUAUUGUGGCCCGCUGCCUCUGGGAGGAGAAUCGGCUCCUGCAGACAGCAGCAACGGCAGCGCAGCAAGGGGGACAGGCAAACCAUCCUACAGCCGCUGUGGUCACAGAGAAACAACAGAUGCUGGAGCAGCACUUGCAGGAUGUGAGAAAGAGGGUCCAGGACCUUGAGCAAAAGAUGAAAGUGGUGGAAAACCUCCAGGACGACUUUGACUUCAACUACAAGACCCUGAAGAGCCAAGGUGACAUGCAAGAUCUGAACGGGAACAAUCAGUCGGUGACACGGCAAAAGAUGCAGCAGCUGGAGCAGAUGCUGACAGCACUGGAUCAGAUGCGGAGGGGAAUUGUUAGUGAGCUGGCAGGGCUCCUGUCAGCCAUGGAGUAUGUGCAGAAGACCCUGGUAGAUGAGGAGCUGGCUGACUGGAAGAGGAGACAGCAGAUCGCAUGUAUCGGUGGCCCACCCAACAUCUGCCUGGAUCGCCUGGAGAACUGGAUAACAUCCUUGGCAGAGUCGCAGCUGCAAACACGUCAGCAGAUCAAGAAGCUUGAGGAGCUACAACAGAAGGUCUCCUACAAGGGCGACCCCAUCGUCCAGCACCGGCCCUUACUGGAGGAGCGCAUUGUGGAGUUAUUCAGGAACCUCAUGAAAAGUGCAUUUGUGGUGGAGAGGCAGCCCUGUAUGCCGAUGCACCCCGAUCGCCCACUGGUUAUCAAAACAGGAGUACAAUUCACAACAAAAGUGCGGUUAUUGGUCAAGUUCCCUGAGUUGAACUACCAGCUGAAAAUCAAAGUCUGCAUUGACAAGGAUUCUGGUGAAGUAGCUGCACUUCGGGGGUCCAGGAAAUUUAACAUCCUAGGCACAAACACCAAGGUGAUGAACAUGGAGGAGUCCAACAAUGGAAGCCUUUCUGCAGAAUUCAAGCACCUGACGCUGCGGGAGCAGAGAUGUGGUAAUGGAGGAAGAGCAAAUUGUGAUGCAUCUCUCAUUGUCACAGAAGAGCUCCAUCUCAUCACCUUUGAAACAGAAGUUUACCACCAGGGCCUGAAAAUUGACUUAGAGACACAUUCACUUCCUGUAGUGGUGAUCUCCAACAUUUGCCAAAUGCCAAACGCCUGGGCAUCAAUUUUGUGGUACAACAUGCUGACAAACAACCCCAAGAAUGUAAACUUCUUCACCAAACCCCCCAUUGGCACUUGGGACCAGGUGGCUGAGGUGCUCAGCUGGCAGUUCUCCUCUACUACCAAACGUGGGCUCAGUAUAGAGCAGCUGACGACACUUGCUGAGAAACUGCUUGGGCCAGGUGUCAAUUACUCUGGAUGUCAGAUAACGUGGGCAAAGUUCUGCAAGGAGAACAUGGCGGGCAAAGGCUUCUCUUUCUGGGUCUGGCUGGAUAACAUCAUUGACCUGGUGAAGAAGUACAUCUUGGCCCUCUGGAACGAAGGGUACAUCAUGGGAUUCAUCAGCAAGGAGCGUGAGAGGGCCAUCUUGAGCACGAAGCCGCCAGGGACCUUCCUGCUGCGUUUCAGUGAAAGCAGCAAGGAAGGUGGGAUCACCUUCACGUGGGUGGAAAAGGACAUCAGCGGAAAGACACAAAUCCAGUCAGUGGAGCCGUACACCAAGCAGCAGCUCAACAGCAUGUCCUUUGCCGAGAUCAUCAUGGGCUACAAGAUCAUGGAUGCUACCAACAUCCUGGUCUCCCCUCUCGUUUACUUAUAUCCCGAUAUUCCCAAGGAGGAGGCCUUUGGAAAGUACUGCCGGCCAGAGAGCCAGGAGCACCCUGAAGCUACCGACCCAGGUAGCACUGCUCCGUAUCUAAAGACCAAGUUCAUCUGCGUGACCCCAACGACUUGCAGUAGCACCAUUGAGCUGCCCAUGUCUCCCCGCACACUCGAAUCCCUGAUCCAUUUUGGCAAUAACGGCGAAGCAGCAGAGGGAAAUGCCAGUGGCCAGUUUGAAUCCUUGCAGUUCGACAUGGAGCUGACUCCUGAGUGCGCCUCCUCGCCCAUGUGACCAGCCCCUCCUAGUCAGCUGAUGAUUUCUAGCUUCCUGGCACGAAACAGCUCCUCCUCCUGCAGUCAUGGAGCCCAGCCACACAGGCACCGAUGCAGCAAGAGACACGUGCGCAGGGGUUGCCAGUCUUGAGCACACCACUGCUGGCUGCCCUUGCCUGCCUGGAAGAAAAAGUCCUACUUUUAGUUUUUGAAAAAUUAUUUUUCCUUAUGUAUAAAGCUAUUUGUUUAAGGUGUGCGUGUACGUGUUUUGGGAGACCAAGUGCCUCUUUGCGUUCACUCUUCAGCCGUAUUUCUUGGCUUCCUGCAUAAAUUUAGUGCAUGCCACAAAACACUGCUUCUUGCUAACAUCCAAGCACAUGCAGUAACAAACAGACAGAGUCUGGUUAAUGUGUGAGCAGGAUUUUUUUUUUCAACAAGUUGCGCAUCACCCCAGAGAGAGGGAAGGCAGAUAGCGGACAUUUUUAGAUCAGGGCAUUUUUUUGUUUCCCUAGUAAAGAUCCAUUUUCUACUUUGCUUAGCGGUGCAAAAAUGAACCUAAAAAAAUAUUUCUACAGCCCUGUGAGGAAAGCAGUUGUUCUCAGGACGAGAGCCAUGCCAGCAGCCCAGUCACCUGAUCGCCUUGCGCUUUGAAGCUGAUGUUGGGCAUUCCCUCUUCUGAGCGUUCUGGGAGCAAGAGAUUGAGUGGUGUGCUUAGAGCUUGCACAGCACAACCAUGUCAGGGGUGGGAUUUGAACCAGAUCAAAGUCACUUUCUCUCUCCACAGUUCUCUUGCGUUGUUGCAGGUUAGAGGGGGUUUCAUGCUGCAGGGAAUUCUUACCUUCUGCUCUUAAGGCCUUGGUCCCAAGAAAGGCAGCGUAUCUGAAUUAACAGCUCAACCGAUGUAUUGUCGAAGGCUUUCACGGCCAGAGAGCGAUGGUUGUUGUGGAUUUUCCCGGCUGCAUAGCCGUGGUCUUGGCGUUGUAGUUCCUGACAUUUCGCCAGCACCUGUGGCUGGCAUCUUCAGAGGUGUAGCACCAAAACAGCUCAACCAGUCGGCUCCUUUUGCGAGCGUGUUGCCAGCAUUUAGCUCCAAGUAUCCUGGCUGUGCCUGGAGAAAAUCUUUGAAAGGGUGAGUUAAAAAAAGAAGAUAGCAGUUAGAGUGGUUUCCCCUACCACCUGAGGCUUCGUCGCAUGGAUUAGCCCAUUGUUUUCUUCUUACAAGAUGCUUAUUUGUAGGGCUUUUGUGUGUGUGUGUGUGUGUGUGUGUGCGCUAAUACUGGUACUGAGUACCAGCACCGUUGGCAGGGAGGGGCUAUCCCAAAUCCUGAGGGUGUAAUGGGUGGAAAUCGGUGCAGCCUUAUAUAUGAGUGCUUUUAGAAUUAAAAAAAGCACUGCUCACCUGUAGUAAAAGGCCCGCUCUGUGCAAUGAGUCUCUUCAGCCUUCUUGGUCUUCCUCCCCACGUGCCCCUUGCUGUGGCAUAAGCUCCAGCAGCACCCGAUGCCCUCUGCUUGGUCGUGAUGUUGGCACGCCAGCGCAAGACAAGAGGAUGCUGAGUGAUGGUGGCAAGUCUCCACUGUGGGACUUCCCUCACAAUUCCCUAUGGCACUCAGAGGAAAUGAGUUCUGCAGUAUUAGUUAGGGGAGGUGGCUGGAUGGGAGGUGGCCAAAGCUUUUAGGUUUACCUGUUCCCUACUGGAAUGUUUGUCAUUAGGAAUAGAAUUGUCUCUUUUUUGUAAUGCCAAACUAAAAGCGUUCAGACUAGAGCAAAGCUGCCCUGGUUGCUCUUCUAACCAAAUAGCUUAUUCGUGCCACUCUGCGCCUUAUAUUAAGCAUAUUUUCUCCCCUCCCUCCCUGUAUGCUGCCUAGACCAUAAAGAUUUCAACUUUUUUGUAUAUUUUAUUGCUGUAUCUACAAGCUUCAACUUUCUCUACAAUAAAUAUUCCAAUGCUA